GCUACUGAUGAUCAAAUUACCCAAGAACUUAACAAAUUAGACAAAAUGCAAACAAGAGUACUCAUCCUGCAUAUGCUUUCACCUCUAGGAUUGCGUAUUUUUGACAAAGCAAAAGUGCUUGGUAUGAUGAGCAAAGGGUAUGCAUGGAUUAUUACCUCAGGAUUAAGCACUGAACUGAAUUCAUUGGAGCCUUCGGAUAUUGAUACAAUGCAAGGAGUGUUAGGCAUAAGGCCAUAUAUCUCACAACACAAAGAGGUUGCUGCAUUUGAAGGUAAAUGGAAAAUCAAGUUUCGGAAAGAGUACCCAGAUAUCGAAAGGAAGUUAGAUAUUUUAGGUAUAUGGGCAUAUGAUACAACUUGGGAAAUGGCGAGUGCAGUUGAGAAACCAUCAAACUCGAGCGAUAUUUUAAGAAUGGGUCCUCAACUGUUGCAAGAUUUAUCAAACUUCAAAUUCGAAGGUCUAAGCUGGGAAUUCCAGCUAGUCGAUAGGCAAUUGCAAUCAGAUGCCUUUCAAAUACUUAAUAUCUGUGGAAGUGGGUUUCGAGAUAUUGGUAUUUGGAAACCUUCAGAUGGUACAAAUAAGCUUAAUCUACACCCUGUCUUAUGGCCCGGCGAUGCCAAGGAUAAACCUAAAGGUUGGGAAAUUCCACUCAAGGAUAGAAAGUUAAGGAUUGGAGUGCCUAUAAAAGAUGGUUUUAAUGAAUUCGUGAAGACAACAAAUAAUUCUUGCAAUGGGACGAAAUAUGAUGUCACUGGUUAUUGCAUAGAUGUCUUUACUGCGGCAAUCGAGAUGCUACCGUAUUGUGUACCCCAUGAAUUUAUUCCUUAUAAGAAAAACGAAAGCGGAAAAGCUGGAAGCUAUUACGAUGAUCUUGUACACCAGGUGGAGGUUCAGAAAUUUGAUGUUGUAGUUGGGGAUGUUACUAUUACAGCAACUCGAUCACGACAUGUAGAUUUUACGCUACCGUAUACAGAAGGUGGGAAUCAAUGAUUGUUUUAGUGAAAAAGGAUUUGAGUAAGGAUACUUGGGUAUUUCUCAAGCCAUUGGAGUGGAAGCUCUGGGUAACAACUGGAGCUUUCUUUCUUUU